UUCAUUUUUGUAUUAUUGUGUUAAUAAACAGUUAUAACCAUGUUUCUGUUCUGGAUUCCCUUUGAAGACUUUUUCCUUUGAAAGCUUUUUUUUAAAAAUUGCUUUCUACAGAAGCAUAGUUCCCUUGUUGCAUCAUCACUCCUCCCCACUCUCUUUUUCAAUAAGUUGAGGGGAACUAUCCACCAGUUGUUCAUGCAAAGACGUUGGGAGCUUUGAUAGCACACUUGAAGGGAGAACAGACGGGAAGGACUAACAAUGGCGAACAACAGUUCGGGAUUUGAGAAUAUAACAGGUCCACAGCUCAACAACUCAGAGUUUUCAAACAUGGAAAUUUUCAAUAUAUUCAUAUACUUUGUCGUCCUUGCUCUGGGUUUUGUUGGAAACGGGCUUGUCAUAUAUGUGACUGGCUACAAAAUGAAGACGACCGUCAACUCCAUUUGGUUUCUCAGCUUGGCGAUUGCAGACUUCAUAUUCAUCUUAGUCAUCAUCCUCAACAUAGUUCAUGCCUUUAACAAGAGGGUUUGGCUCUUUGGUGACUUCAUGUGCAAAGUUCUAUCCUUCGUGUCAGUUCUAAACAUGUUUGCAAGCAUUUUUUUGCUCACUGCCAUCAGUCUGGACCGAUGCCUGUCCACCUGGGUGAUUGUUUGGGCUCAAAACAAACGAACUCUGGUAAAAGCCAGGAUCAUCUGUACACUCAUGUGGGUUUUAGCCAUUUGCUGCAGCAUCCCAUUCGUCCUCUUCCGCUCAGGGAAGAAUAAAAAAUGUUCCUAUGAUUGUCAUAUAAGCAUCACAAAGUCUCUGUUCAUAUACAGGUUUAUAGUGGGCUUUCUCAUCCCCUUUCUGAUCAUUGCAUCUUCAUACAUUGCUAUCGGAGUGCGGGCCAAACGUCUCAAAAGAGGAAAGAAGCUAAAGCCUUUCCGGGUCAUUAUAUCUGUAAUCCUGGCCUUUUUCAUAUGCUGGUUUCCUUUUCAUGUUCAACAACUGUCUCUCGUAAUUGCAAACGAAAAUGGGUGGAGUGACACUGAAAAAGUAAUCAGUCAAAUAGGACAAUUCGUUUACUGCCUGGUUCAUCUCAACAGCUGUCUGAACCCCAUUCUCUAUGUGUUCAUGUGCGAGGAGUUUAAAAUGAAGCUUAAACAAUCUCUGCUGCUGGUGCUGGAGACGGCUUUUGCUGAGGAUAAUCUGUCUUUCCGAACAUCUCGCGCUUCCACAUGUUCACGCCUCUCAGAAUCACAAGGUCUCAAACAGAAAAAUGGAACAACCAUCUCAUCAUGCGGCAGCGGCCAGGACAGCAAGACUUGCUGUUAGAAAAGCAGUCUCAGAGAUAUUCAUUCCCCAUGUUAGACUGAAGUGAUCUGAGAAAGUGUAUUAGGAAGCGCUUGCUGCAUGACGUUGAUGGUUGUUGAUGACUGCCAUCUCAUUCCAGAGAUCCAAAACCUCUGGAAUGAGAUGGCAGGCAUCAACAACCAUCAACGUCAUGCAGCAAGCAGUUGUUUCAAAGACAGUUUGAAGGUUUAAAUGUUGCAAUUUAUGUACCAUCAUUGUCAUCAAACUAAAAACAAUGACUUUUCAUUGUUGACUCUGACAUGCCCCCAUUUUCCACUGGCUGGAACAACUGAUAGCCACGCCCCAAACUCACGCCAUUGGUCAGGACAAUGUUGCUGCUUAUAGUUUGGUUAAAAAUUGUUUGUGUUGUUUAUGUUUUUAAUGGAAAGUCUACAAAUGAUUUAUUUUAUACUUGACUUUGACUUUGCUUAUUAAAGUGGCUUUGUAGAAAUAUUUUAACAUUAUAAAAUAUUUUCAAUAUAUCUUGUCACUGGCUUGUUUUACACAAAAGUUUAGCCACAUUGUAAUACUGUUAAUAAAAAGCUCUAAUAUA